UCUUGCAGGAUGUUUUCUCCAAAAUACAGAAUGAACAAUGGAAACAACGCAAACAUCUCAAGACAGGUCUUUGCUGUAAAUGCACUCUUUCAUUUAAUGGGGUUCCUGUGUGGGGGGAGUGAGGAGCUGGCAGUGGCAGUUGCUGGUUCCAUCACCAAUGUGACAGUGGGGGAGAGCGUCCUGUUCCCUGUCUCACCUGAGGGGGAGAACAGCUACAAAGUCAACUUGAAUUUUAGAUCCAGUCCUAUAGUUACAUGGUAUUCUGAAACAAACGACUCUUAUUUUCACAACCAAUACAAGGACAGAAUCAGCAUCCAUGAUGCUGGCCCAAUAUAUCUGAACACAGUACAGCUGUCAGAUUCUGGUCUUUAUCAGAUUAAAAUACAGUACAGCUCAGGAGAUUUUAGGCCACCAACAUACUCAGAUUUUCACCUGCAGGUUUUUGAGCCUGUAUCUAGUCCCACCAUCACAGUUGAGUGUCUGGGGAACAACAUCAGUCUCAGCUGCUCCAGCAGUCAGGGCAGUGAAGUGACUUACAGCUGGGAAACACUGCCCCCCUGUAGCAGUGAGAGCUGUAUUCAUUUUGGCCAGACAAUAGAGAUGGACUCCUUCCCUCAAGCUGAGUCUGUAACAUACAGGUGUACGGCCCAAAACCCUGUGAGCAGAGCCUCCAGUGACCCUAUGGCCCUGCGAGGGUGCUCCACCCAAGGAGCAAAAGUGGACAGAUGGAUUCCAGCCCUGUGUGGAAUAUUGUUCACCUUAUUCCUCACUGGAGCAGUUAUGUGUCUCUACAAGAAGAAAAAAAGAGAUGUAAAAGUUAAACAAAUCAAGGGUUCCUGUGUGGGGGGAGUGAGGGGCUGGCAGUGGCAGCUGCUGGUUCCAUCACCAAUGUGA